UGGUAUCAACUGGAGCUCCGGCCUUGCCAGGCUUCAAGCCCCACCCGCCGCGUUCCAGCCCCCGCAACCCCCGCCUCCACGCUCGCCCCGGCGCAGGCGGACGCAUGCCCCGCCCACAUCCCCGACCCUGCACGGCUGGUCUCAGUUAUCUGCUUCACGCUCACUGCGGUCUGAGGAAAUGGCGAACCAGGUUAUCAAGUGCAAGGCUGCAGUUGCCUGGGAGGCUGGGAAGCCUCUUUCUAUAGAGGAGGUAGAGGUGGCACCCCCAAAGGCUCAUGAAGUUCGAAUUAAGAUUAUUGCCACUGCAGUUUGCCACACUGACGCCUAUACACUGAGUGGGGCUGAUCCUGAAGGGAAUUAUCCAGUGAUCUUGGGACAUGAAGGUGCUGGAAUUGUGGAGAGUGUUGGUGAAGGAGUUACUAAGCUGAAGGCAGGUGAUACUGUCAUCCCACUUUACAUCCCCCAGUGUGGAGAAUGCAAAUUUUGUCUGAAUCCUAAAACAAACCUUUGCCAGAAGAUAAGAGUCACUCAAGGAAAAGGAUUAAUGCCAGAUGGCACUAGCAGAUUUACUUGUAAAGGAAAGACAAUUUUACAUUACAUGGGAACCAGCACAUUUUCUGAAUACACGGUUGUGGCUGACAUUUCUGCUGCUAAAAUUGAUCCUUUAGCACCUUUGGACAAAGUUUGCCUUCUGGGUUGUGGCAUUUCAACUGGCUAUGGUGCUGCUUUGAAUGCUGCCAAGGUGGAGCCUGGCUCUACUUGUGCUGUCUUUGGCCUGGGAGGAGUUGGACUGGCAGUUAUCAUGGGCUGUAAGGUGGCUGGUGCAACCCGGAUCAUUGGUGUGGACAUCAAUAAGGAUAAAUUCACAAGAGCCAAGGAGUUUGGGGCCUCUGAGUGUAUUAACCCCCAGGACUUCAGUAAACCGAUCCAGGAAGUGCUCAUUGAGAUGACUGAUGGGGGAGUCGACUAUUCCUUUGAGUGUAUUGGUAAUGUGAAAAUCAUGAGAGCAGCACUGGAGGCCUGCCACAAAGGCUGGGGCACCAGCGUGGUAGUGGGCGUAGCUGCCUCUGGUGAAGAAAUCGCCACUCGUCCAUUCCAGCUAGUCACGGGCCGCACGUGGAAAGGCACUGCCUUUGGAGGAUGGAAGAGUGUAGAAAGUGUCCCAAAGUUGGUGUCUGAAUAUAUGUCCAAAAAGAUAAAAGUUGAUGAGUUUGUGACUCACAGUCUGCCUUUUGACCAAAUUAAUGAAGCCUUUGAUCUGAUGCAUGCUGGAAAGAGCAUCCGAACUGUUGUAAAGUUUUAAGUUCAAAAGAGGAGAAUUCUUCCAUCCUUGUAACUAAGUCUUGGGGUCUGAUUGGAGCAGCCACAAAAGCAGAAAGGAGCUCUUUCAAGUUCACAGCUUGUUAGAUCUUCACUAACCUACUCUAAGCAAUAAUGUUUUGUAUGUAAAUUCCUACAUGUCUAAUCAAGGAUAAGGCUAAUACUGUCAUAAAUCUGUUUUCUGAUCUGUUCUUCACAUAAAUAAUUGCUAGCUCAUUAAAGAAUAUUCCUAACAUAAUAAAAGGAAUGCCUGUA